AUGGAAGAUCAAGUGCACAAGCCGCAUCGCAAGUCCAAGGACAAAAAGGACAAGAAGCAGCAUACAGGCGAGCGCAACCCAAAGGCGUUUUCUUUCGCCAGGCCUGGCAAGCUCCAGAGACAAGCGGCGAGAUCGCAAGAUAUUAAGGAAAAGCGCCUCCAUGUUCCGCUCGUUGAUCGAUUGCCCGAUGAGGCCCCGCCUCGACUCGUUACCAUCGUUGGCCCUCCCGGCGUAGGAAAGACGACCUUGAUGAAGUCGCUCAUUAGACGAUAUGCCAAAGAAACUAUAUCUGACCCUCAGGGCCCUGUAACGGUCGUCACAUCGAAGAAGCAGCGCCUAACCUUCGUCGAGUGCCCAAACGAACUAGAGGCUAUGGUCGACAUCGCAAAGGUUGCCGAUAUUGUCCUCUUGAUGAUUGAUGGAAAUUAUGGCUUUGAGAUGGAGACUAUGGAGUUUCUCAACAUCCUUGCUGCUACAGGUAUGCCAGGAAACGUCUUUGGGAUCUUGACACAUCUCGAUCUCUUCCGGAAGCCACAGGCGCUUAAAGAUGCCAAGAAGCGUCUCAAGAGGAGACUUUGGACGGAGCUGUAUCAGGGCGCCCACCUCUUUUACCUCUCCGGUGUCAUGAACGGCCGAUAUCCUGACCGCGAAAUCCAUAACUUGUCGCGCUUCCUCUCUGUCAUGAAGAACCCACGUCCUCUCGUCUGGCGCAAUUCUCACCCUUACUCUAUCAUUGACAGCUUUCGAGAUAUCACACACCCUACCAAGAUCGAGGAAGAUCCUAACUGCGACCGAUCGAUUGUACUGUCUGGGUACCUGCGAGGCACAAAUUUUGCGUCGCACAAUCAACGAGUCCACGUCCCUGGUCUGGGUGAUUUUACAGUAUCUAAUAUGGAGGUUAUGCCAGACCCUUGUCCAACACCAUCGAUGGAGCUGGCAAUGGCGAAGAUCACAGGCAAGACUGGACGAAGGCGACUUGACGAAAAGGAAAAGAAGCUUCAUGCUCCCAUGUCGGAUCGCAGUGGCUUGAAGAUCGACGGUGACGCCAUCUGGAUCACCAGUGACAAGGGCUUCAGCUUCGACCGGGAGGAGGAUGAUGAUGCCGAGCGAGGAGAAGGAGAAGAGAUGAUUGUUGGUCUUCAAACUGAGCGAAAACUUCUUGGCCAAAUGGAGGGUGGCGUGCAGCUUUUCAAGGGUGGCAACCAGGUUGAGGCAGUGCCAGAAGAAGAAGAAGACACUGGACGAAAAACACAUCGCAAACCUAGGUUUGCUCAAAGAGAAGAGGGCGAUGAUGACCAAAACGAGGACGAUGAAGGUUUUGUCAGUGGCGACGAAGACUUGGACUCGGAUGCUGAGGUUGAAUUCAAUGAAGGCAAGUUGGGCAAGAUGUUCCGUAAGGAUGCCGAUAAGGAACUCGGUGAAGACGAUCUUGUAUUUGCCGAUAGUGACUCGGACCUUGGUGCCUUGUCUGAUGAGGAAGAGGUGGAAGAGGACGAAGAAUACGAUUCAGAUGAGGAAGCAGCAGCAUUGAGGUGGAAGGACAACUUGAACGGCACUGCAAUGAAGCUUCAUGGCAAGAGACGCUCGUAUCACACCAGCGAUCUGGCCAGGUUUAUGUACGACGACUCACUAAGCCCUGAAGAUGCUCUAAAGCGAUGGAAGGGCGAUGAUGACGAAUCGGAAGAGGAGAAUAUCGAGGACGACGAUGAUGAUGAUGACUUCUUCAAGAAGUCGAAACAAGAGCAGGAAGACGCCAUAGAGGAUAGGUCAAUACCCGCAUACGACUAUGAGGAUCUAGCUGCCAAGUGGGCAUCAGAGAAGAACGUCGAAGCUCUACGGAGGAAGUUCACUUCGACAGCCCUCGCUUCCGGCGAUGACGAGGACGGUGACGGGGAUGGCAGCGACUUCGAAGGCUUGGAUGACUCAAAUGAUGAAGGUGAUGGUGUCUUCGAGGAUCUCGAGGCUGAAGGUCAAGAAGAGCCAGCACAGCCCACUGCCGAGGAUAUUGAGGCCGAGCGAGAGAAGAACGCAAAGCGAAAGGAGGAACUCAAGAUGCGAUUCGAAGAGGAAGAUCGUGAGGGUUUCCUCAAUGAUAAGGCAAACGCUCGACGAGAAGGUGGAGAUGUGCAAGAGUUUGGUGAGGAUCAAUGGUACGAGGCGCAAAAGGCUAUGAUCCAAAAGCAGCUCGAUAUCAACAAGGAGGAAUUUGAGAACCUCGAUGAACGUCAACGCUCUGCUGUUGAAGGUUACCGAGCCGGCAAAUAUGCCAAGGUUGUCCUUGAGGGUGUUCCGGCCGAAUUUGUCAAGCUCUUUGACGCCCGUCGACCCAUCGUCGUUGGUGGUCUCUCCGCUACUGAAGACCGAUUCGGCUAUCUUCAGGUCCGCAUCAAGCGUCACCGCUGGCACAAACGCAUCCUCAAGACAAACGACCCCCUUAUCUUCUCUUUGGGAUGGCGUCGCUUCCAGACCAUGCCCAUUUACAGCACCACCGACUCGCGCACACGUAACCGUAUGCUCAAGUAUACACCUGAGCAUAUGCAUUGCUUCGGUACCAUCUAUGGUCCAUUAAUUGCACCAAACACAGGUUUCGUUUGCUUCAACUCUAUGUCAGCGUCUGCGCCUGGUUUCCGCAUCGCUGCUACUGGUACAAUCCUCAGCGUUGACGAGUCCACCGAGAUCGUCAAGAAGCUGAAGCUUACUGGUACACCUGCAAAGAUCUACAAGAACACCGCUUUCAUCAAGGACAUGUUCAACUCAUCUCUUGAAAUCGCGAAGUUCGAGGGUGCUUCUAUCAAGACGGUUUCUGGCAUUCGUGGUCAGAUCAAGCGUGCUUUGUCCAAGCCAGAGGGCCAAUUCCGCGCAACUUUCGAGGACAAGAUCCUUCUGAGUGACAUUGUCUUCUUGCGUGCUUGGUACCCAAUCAAGCCUCACCGAUUCUACAACCCAGUCACCAACCUCAUCGGCUGGCAGCCCAUGCGACUCACAGGCGAGGUCCGUCGUGAUCAGAACGUGCCCACCCCCCAGCCCAAGAACAGCCAGUACCGCACAAUUGAACGAGAAACGCGCCACUUCAACCCUCUCCGUGUUCCCCGCGCCCUUGCUGCCGACCUUCCCUUCAAGUCGCAGAUUGUCGAAACCAAGAAACAAAAGAAAGAGACAUACAUGCAGAAGCGUGCUGUCGUCAUGGCUCCUGGUUCCGAGGAGAAGAAGGCCCGCGCUCUCAUGCAACAGCUGCUCACAAUUCGCAACGACGCUGCUGCCAAGCGCCGUGCUGCAAAGGAGAAGAACCGCGCUGCUUUCCAGAAGAAGUUGGCAGACAGCGAGGAGAAGAAGGAAGCUCGUGAGAAACGGGAGUCCAAGGACUUCUGGAGGAAGAAUGGUCGCAAGCGUGCAGCCGCCGAAGAUGGAGGUGGCGGUAAGCGUAGGAAGUAA